AUGGCUUCUAUACAAAGAGUUCCCAUUGUGGUUUUCUUAGUACUAUUGGCAUUAAGCAUUUGUUCUGCCAGAAGGGCUCUACUCACUUUUGAUGCUGGAGGUGGCUAUGGUUUAGGUCAUGGCAUUGGUGGUGGAGGCGGUGGAGGAGGAACAAGUGGUGGUAGUGGAUAUGGAGGUGGAGGAGUAGGAAAUGGCGGCGGCGGUGGUGGAGGAGCUGGAUAUGGAGGUGACCAUGGAGUUGGAUAUGGUGGUGGUGGUGGGAAUGGCGGUGGGGGAGGUUAUGGUAUUGGGGGAGAACAUGGUGGUGGUUAUGGUGGAGGUGCAGGAGGUGGAGCUGGUGGUGGUUAUGGUGGAGAACAUGGCAUAGGAUAUGGAGGAGGUGGUGGAAGUGGCGCAGGUGGUGGAGCUGGGUAUGGUGCAGGAGGAGCUCAAGGAGGUGGAUAUGGCACUGGAGGAGGUGCUGGUGGUGGUGCAGGAGGAGAGCAUGGUAGUGGAUACGGUGGUGGUCAAGGAGGUGGAGCUGGCGGAGGCUAUGGUGGUGGUGGAGAGCAUGGAGGAGGAUAUGCUGGUGGUGAAGGAGGUGGAGCUGGAGCUGGAGGAGGUUAUGGUGGUGGGGGAGAGCAUGGUGCUUCUGGCUACGGAGGUGGAGAAGGAGGUGGAGCCGGAGGAGGUUAUGGUGGCGGGGGAGAGCAUGGUGCGUCUGGCUACGGAGGUGGUAAAGGAGGUGGAGCUGGAGGAGGAUAUGGUGGGGAGGGAGAGCAUGGUGCUUCUGGGUACGGAGGUGGUAAUGGAGGUGGAGCAGGUGGCGGAGGCUAUGGUAAUGGUGGAGAGCAUGGUGGUGGCGAAGGUGGUGGAGCUGGAGGAGGUUAUGGUGGUGGAGGAGAGCAUGGUGCUUCAGGCUAUGGAGGUGGAGCUGGAGGUGGUGCUGGUGGAGGUUAUGGUGGUGGGGGAGAACAUGGUGCUUCAGGCUACGGAGGUGGUGCAGGAGGUGGAGCUGGAGGAGGUUAUGGUGCUGGCGGGGAGCAUGGUGCUUCUGGCUACGGAGGUGGUGAAGGAGGUGGAGCUGGAGGAGGCUAUGGUGGUAAUGGAGGAGCACACGGAGGUGGAUAUGGUAGUGGAGGUGGUGCUGGUGGAGGAGCUGGAGGUGGAGCAUAUGGCAGCGGUGGCGCACAUGGUGGUAGUUUUGGAGGAGGAGGUGGAAGUGGUGGUGGCCAUGGGGGUUAUGUUCCCUAA